AUGUGGGCUCGCCCGAGCCAUGCCGUGUGGCUGCAGUCUCAAGAAGUGGCGACACUUCUCCAAGGCGCACAGAGGGUCCGAUGGUUUGCGAAACGGCGCCGUCGCCUGGACCAGUACGAGAAUUUUGAGAAGCCGUUGAGCGCGAAAGCCUGGACGCGGCUGACGCAGGAGGGUGGCUUCUUCGAUUACAGUUUUCAAGACAUGACUCCUGGGGAGGUCUCGGACACGGUGUUCUCUGCAUCUAAGAUGGGUGUCGAAGCCCCUGCGUUCUGGACCAGAGCCUCACUUUCAACGGGAGAUUUGGCGAGCGCCAUGACAGCACGGCAGCUGGCGACAGCAUGCUAUGCCUUCGGGGCCGUGAAGUGGCAUGACGAGGAUAUGGUACGCAGCAUCGCGCCCUCGGUCAUCAAGCAAGCUCCGAGCAUGAAGCCCGCCCUCCUGGCAGCAGUGGUACAAUCGUUCGCUCGGAUGAAGGUGCGCAACAUGCCCGCCCUCCGUGCCAUAUCGCAAGCUCUUCAAACCUCCACCCGGUUCAACGGCAAGGGCCUGUCCAUGGUGGCGAAGAGCUUUGCAGAGCUGGAGUUCCGAUGCCCGGACUUCCUCCAAGCCUUGGAUGCCUGGGCAGCGGCAGGAGUGGACUCGAGCACCUUGGAGGCCUGCUUGGACCUCCUGCAGAGCCUCGCCGCAUUCUCGGCCCUAGAGGGGCCCUUGAGCUGGCCUUCGGCCAAGCCCUUCGGUCAACCGGUGCCGGCGCUGGCACCCGUGGCCGUCCGUGAGAUCGUGGAAAUGCUUGGCCGCAGGGUGAAGGAGCUGGAACCGCCACAGCUGCACAGCGCGAUCCUGGCGAUGGGAAAGCUGCGGGUGCAGGACCUUGUGGUUUUGGAGGCCUUCCAGAAAGAGAUCCUGGCGGACCUGAGCCGCAUGCACACAAACUCCCUGCCUCCAGUCCUUGAGUCCUUCGCCCUGUGCUACGAGCAGCUCCGGUCAAGCGGCCAAGACUCAGAAGAGAGCUCUGUGCAUGAGGAGCGCGAGCUCUUUCUGGUGCAGCUUACCAGUCGCAUGGCCAGGGAGCUGCGGCUUCUUCGGCCCCAGGAUGCCAGCCGUGUGCUUUCUGCCAUCGGACGCCUGGGACUCGUCGAUCCGAAGUUGCUUUCGACGGCCGCAGCCCUGGUGCCACCCCGCCUCGCAGCCUGCUCCGCGCCGGAAGUUCUGGCGCUGCUGGAGGCCUACGCAGCGGCCGGGAACAAGGACAGCUUCAUGCUCCCCUGCCUUCGCAAGGCGCUGGUGCCCUUGCCGCACGCCUUAGAGGAUCGGUUUCAGGAGUUGGACGAUGCACAAAUCGUGCAAGCGGCCAGCGCCUUCGCCUUGCUCGGUCACGCGCCGGGCCUCGUCGCGCUGCUCGCCGUCCUCCGGGAGCCGUUUCAGCGGCGCAGCGCGGGGCACGGGGCUCGACGACGGGGUGCCACCACAGCAGACUCCGGAAUCGAACAGACAGCACGGCAUUUGGCCCCUGCUUGUCAGCUGGCCUUGGCAACAUUGGUGUCCCUGCACCUCUCGGAUUCUCAGACCUGGGCCGCUGCGGCUUCUGCAGUCAUGCAAGGAGCUGCCAAAGAGGCAUCGAAGCAUCAAGACGAUGCUUCCGACUCCCUCCUGGCGAAGCUGAAGCAGUCCCUCAAAGCCGCCGAGGAUGUUUGGAGGUCUGCAGGACAGCUGUCCCUCUACUCCGGAGAUGAGCUGGUCCUGGCCUGCCUGGGCUUCCCGAGGCACUCGGGUCGGGGUUUCUGGUAUGAGGAGGUCUCCGGCUCCAAGAUGGCGGAGGUGAGCCUCUCACUCCUCCCCGGCUUCCUAAGCCAUACCGCCGAGGCCGAGUUCGGAGAGACCCGAAGGACACCGCUCCCAUCUCUCCACAGCCUCCGGCCAUCGAGCCCUUUGAAGGAGAGCUCGGAGCUCUCCAAAGCCAUCAGCCGAGCCCAGGAGGUGCUCUUGGAAAGAUUGGCGGAGCAGAGGGGCCAGGAAGAGCUCCAGGAGCUGCCUCCCAUGGUCAUCGUGGCCCUCUUCCGAGCCUUGGAGCUCAUGAACUCGGGGCCCUUCGGCCUUCAGCCGGAGGCGCAGGACUUGCAGGUGCCGUGGGGGCAAAGUUUCUACCUGUUCAUGGGAGAUAGUAAUCAAGAAAAUCGGGUAUUGUAA